UCAAUCCCUCUUCCAAGGGCAAAGAGAGAGAGAAGAGAAAAACCCUUCUUCUCCGACUCUUCCAUACCCAAUCAAUUCACUCUCUCUCAAAUACAAUCAAAUCCCGAAAACACAAUAAUACAAAAAAAAGACGACAUUUAUUUCUGGAUCUCUUCUGCCGCUUCUUCCUCUUUCCUUCUCGGUGAGAGGAUAUCCGAGACACCAAUCCUAAGAAUAUAUUUCCUCGAUUCAUUUGUCAAUGGCGGAUUCGGAAAAUGCCCUUCCACCUUCUAAGAAACGGGCUGCUGGAAGGGAACUCUCUCGUGAUAACCCAGGCCUUGAUGAUGAGGAGGAUAGUUCUGAACUAGAGACUGGAACUUUCAAGAGGGCCAGUGAAGAAGUGCUAGCAACAAGAAAGAUUGUUAAGGUUCGUCGCCCUCCGACAAGUUCAGGUCCUUCUUCCAACCCUUUUGCUGGGAUACGCUUGGUUCCUCCAUCUGAAGCUAGUGCAGACCCUUCUCAAGCCGCCACUGAUGUACGACCUGCCAGUGAAGCAAAAGUUUCAGAUGAUGCUAAUCAGCAGUCAGAUAGCAAGCCUGAAUCUGCUGCAGAUAAGGAGAGUGAUGUGAAGGAGGAAGACAAAAUUCCCAGUGAGGCAACAGAGCCUGGGGUAGCACAUGACCAGACUGAGGCUGAAUCUGCUGAAGAUAAGGAGAACAUCGUGAAGGAGAACAGCAAUAUUUCCAGUGAACCAGCUGUUGGAGAAGAUAAGACUAAAAAUGAUGGUGAGGCUGAAAACGAGGUAAAGACUGUAACUGAUGGUGAGACUGGAAAUGUUGAGAAAAGUGAAAAUGAAGAGAAGAGAGAGAAGAAAGAUGAAACUGUCGACCCAUGUACUGAAGGUGCCACUUUGAACUCAUUUCAGCAGCUUUCGAGUAGCCAAAAUGCCUUCACAAAUCUUUCUGGAACUGGGUUUUCCACUUCCACCUUUUCUUUUGGGCUUAUUUCCAAGGAUGGUUCUUCAUUGAGUACUGGCACUGGUUCACUUUUUGGGUCAAAAAAUGAUCUGCCUUCUGGUCUUGGUCUAUCUAAUAAUGGAAGUUCUUCACUCUUUGCCACAGCAGGGCCUUCAAUUGUGUCUAGGAGUGACACCCCUUCAAUGCAAGAGGUUGCAGUUGAGACUGGAGAAGAAAAUGAGAAAGCAGUUUUCACUGCUGAUGCAGUGCUGUUUGAAUUUAUUGAUGGAGGCUGGAAAGAGCGUGGAAAGGGAGAUCUGAAGGUAAAUGUUUCUGAAUCUGGGGCUGACAAAGCCAGACUAGUUAUGAGAGCCAAGGGAAUUAGGAAGGUAAUUUUGAAUGCAAGUCUUUACCCAGACAUGAAGCUUGCAAAUAUGGAGAAGAAAGGCGUAACGUUUGCCUGCAUGAAUAGUAUCGAUGAAAAGAAGGAUGGGUUAUCCACAUUUGCGUUGAAGUUCAAGGAUGGGUCCAUAGUUGAGGAAUUUCGCUCUGCUGUUACAGAACACAAAGGCAAGACAGCUACCGCUAUGAAGACUCCCGAAAACUCCCCCAAAUGAUUGAAAAGUGGCACAUGCCAAUGCUCAGUGAGUUAUAUUUCCCGGUCUCGAGUUUGAUUUUAAAGUCGUUUUCCCUUCUGGGAAGAAAACAGAGUUCAAGUUAUUUAGAGUCUGGCAAAUUCCAAGCCCUUUUGUAGCAGAGCUAUAGAGUCAUGUCCAUUUUGUUGUAGUUUAAUUUCAGUCUAGUCUUUGAAAGAUGGUGUCAACUUUAUUCCGGAUAUAUCUAGGUCCAGACCAUUUUAAGCUCUUAGGAUGCUGAAUGCUGGACAAAGUUUCAUAGUUGGUCCCUUAUCUGCAAUAUAUAUUGAACUGCCGUGUCAGAUAUUGAAAGUUUCGUGUUUGAACUGCUCA